AUGGGGUCCCUCGCUCGUUCGGAAGAGAUGCGCUUCUGCCAGUUGAUUGUCGAGAAAGAAGCCGCAUUCAACUGUGUUGCUGAACUGGGCAAGCAACCUUACGUACAAUUUAAAGAUCUGAAUCCCGAUGUGAAUCCCUUCCAAAGGACCUUCGUUCGUGAUAUACGAAGAUACGACGAAAUGGAGAGAAAACUCAGAUUUUUGGAAUCUCAGAUUGCAAAAAAUCACAUUAUCAUCACUGGAAGAUUGGAUCGGGGUGACUACAACAUCAUGCCAACCGCCGAGCUUAAUCAGCUGGAGACAACACUUACUGACCUUGAACGGGAUGUGAAAAAUAUGAAUGAGUCGGACUCGCAGCUGAUGAUGAACUACAUGGAAUUGAAGGAAUGGGACGCGGUCCUCGACAGGACUGACGAAUUCCUGGAAGGAGGAAUGGACGAUCAAGCUGCUGAGGAAUUGGAGACUCAGGAGGAAGAAUAUGGAAAAGUCGAGAAGGCUCCAAUUGGUUAUUCUGUUGGUGUAAUACGACGAGAACGGCUACCUGCGUUUGAAAGAGUACUUUGGAGAGCUUGUCACCAUGCCGUAUAUUUGAGAAGUUCACCGAUUGACGAAGAUCUGGAAGAUGAAAAUGAUGAAAAAUGCCAGAAGGCUGUAUUCAUCCUCUUCUAUAAGGGAGAUCGUCUGCGUAGCAUUGUCGAAAAGGUGUGCGACGGUUUCAAAGCGAAACUCAUGAAGAGUUGCCCGAACACGUUCAAGGAUCGGCAGUCGGCUCGUACUGACGUGCGGGCUCGUCUUCAGGACUUACGCACAGUGCUCGGACAGACGAAAGAGCAUCGCUACAGAGUCCUUCAGGCCGCCGCCAAUAACCACAACGAUUGGCUCAGACAAGUACGAAUGCAGAAAACCGUCUACCAUCAUCUAAACCUUUUCACGUUUGACCGAAUCGGAAGAUUUUUUGUGGCCGAAUGUUGGGUGCCUCGGGUGCAUCUCGAAGAGGUGAAAGCUGCCCUGGAAAGAGGAGCAAAAGCGUCUGGAUCUGCAAUGGAACCAGUAUUGAAUGUGUUGGACACUCCAGAAGAACCACCAACGUAUAACAGGACGAACAAAUUCACUGAGGUGUUCCAAAGUAUUGUUGAUUCAUAUGGAAUUGCCACCUAUCGCGAAUUGAAUCCAGCUCCUUUUACGAUUAUCUCGUUUCCUUUCAUCUUCUCCUGUAUGUUCGGUGACCUUGGUCACGGCCUUCUAAUGUUCCUCGCUGGUCUCUACUUUGUAGUUCGUGAGAAGAAUCUUAUCGAGAGAAAUAUAAAGGAUGAGAUAUUCGGCAUGUUUUUUGGUGGUCGCUAUAUUAUCCUUCUCAUGGGCAUUUUCUCGAUGUAUGCAGGAUUCAUCUAUAACGAUAUCUUCGCCAAAUCAUUCAACAUCUUCGGCACAUCGUGGCUAAAUCCUUACAGCACUCACAAAGAGAUGUUUAUUGAGGUCAGUCAGUACAGUUAUCAGCACACGUAUGGACCUUAUGUAUUUGGAAUGGAUCCUGUGUGGAACAUCGCUGAAAACAAACUGAAUUUCUUGAAUUCAUUAAAAAUGAAAUUAUCCGUGAUUGCCGGAAUUACUCAGAUGACGUUCGGCGUAGUGUUGAGUCUCUUCAACUAUAGGUAUGAGUCUUAUUCCUUUGUAGAGUUCCUACUGAUAGCAAGUCUUCAGGUAAUAGCGAAGUGGAUAUUUUUUUGGGUAAAGGAGGACAUGAUUUUCGGUCAGUUCUAUCCAGGAUCCCAUUGUGCUCCGUCACUUUUGAUUGGUCUCAUCAACAUGUUUAUGUUCAAAGAUAGACCUGCCGGAUUUCAAGUGAUAAGUGGUACCACGCCAGAGUACACUGAACUCGAUGCCUGUUAUCUUUCACAGUGGUAUCCCGGACAAAGCACUGUUGAGGCGGUUUUGGUCCUGAUAGCGGUUUUAUGCGUACCAAUCAUGUUAUUCGGAAAGCCUAUACAUUUUAUAUUGGAACAGAAGAAGAAGAAAAACGUGAUGGGAAGCAAUAUUUCAGUUCGUGCAAAUGUGGUUGCCGACGAAUCCGAAAUCGUUAUCAAUGGUGAACACAAGAAACAAGCUGGCGAACACAGUGGAGAAUCAGAAGAAGAGGCGUUCGGAGAUGUGAUGGUUCAUCAGGCGAUCCACACAAUCGAAUAUGUACUCGGUUGUGUGUCGCACACUGCCUCCUACCUUCGUCUCUGGGCUUUGUCACUUGCACAUGCACAACUUUCCGAAGUGUUAUGGCACAUGGUGUUGGUGCAGGCGUUCAGUCUGGACGGCGUUGCAAGCUACAUUGCGACGUACGUGAUCUUCUUCUUCUUCGGUGUGCUCACCUUCUCGAUUCUUGUACUUAUGGAAGGUCUUUCGGCAUUCUUACACGCCCUUCGACUUCACUGGGUGGAGUUCCAAUCGAAAUUCUAUCUGGGCCUUGGUUACGGUUUCGUACCGUAUUCGUUCAAAACGGCUCUUCAGGCGGCUGAAAUUGGCAACUGA